CGUUAGUGACGCUCGGUCCGCCUCAGCUGCAGUACGCGUGUUGCUCCGCGGGUCCUUUCUCUGAAAUAACAACCAAAUCUGCGAAACUAACCGAAACCACCGACUAAGCAAUCAUGGCCGAGGGCGAUAACAAAAGCGCAAACCUAUUGGCUCAGGAGACGGCUCAGCUGGAGGAGCAGCUGCAGGGCUGGGGUGAGGUGAUCCUGGCCGGGGACCGCGUCCUGCGCUGGGAGAAGCCCUGGUUCCCCGGGGCCCUGAUGGGCGCCACCACCGUGCUCUUCCUGCUGAUCUACUACCUGGACCCGUCGGUGCUGACCGGACUGUCCUGCACCGUCAUGCUGCUCUGCCUGGCCGACUACCUGGUGCCCACGCUCGCCCCCCGAGUCUUCGGCUCCAACAAGUGGACCACGGAGCAGCAGCAGCGCUUCCAUGAGAUCUGCGGGAACCUGGUGAAGACGCAGCGCCGCGUGGUCGGCUGGUGGAAGAGGCUCUGCGCCCUCAAAGAGGAGAAACCCAAGAUGUACUUCGCCUCGGUGAUCAGCAGCCUGCUGGCGGUGGCCUGGAUCGGACAGCAGGUCCACAACCUGUUCCUCACCUACCUGAUCGUGAGCUUCCUGCUGCUGCUGCCCGGCCUCAACCAGCACGGCGUCAUCACCAAGUACGCCGGCAUGGCCAAGAGGGAGAUCAACAAACUGCUGAAACAGAAGGAGAAGAAGAACGAGUAGACGUGAUGAAGACGAGGAUGAAGACGAAGAAGAUGGUGACAGGAAGUCGGUUUAAAAGGAAAAAAAAAAAAGAGAGGCUGAGGUGGAGCGCCCCCUGCUGUCUGGGCCUUUUAUUAAGUUUUUUCCAUCUUUAAAUGAGUUUAAUUUCACCCUCUGUGCUGCAUGCAGCCUCCACAUGAAGGUCCUGCCCCCCCCCCCCGUUACCAUGACUACUGAGCAGAUCUGUCAUAUUUUGUAGCAUCACUGCGUCGUUUGAAGUCUCCGUUUCUUUUGUGCUUAUUUAAACGUAGCGCUGAGAACAAAACUGGAUCUGUUUGUGUUUGUACAUAUGUCUCUGUUCUCUCUCUCCAUCUUAUUUAUGUCUUUUUGUUUGUUUUUUUUUCUUCUCUCAUUUUAUGACUUUACAGGACAACUUUAUGAAAACGUGAAUAAACUUUGACUUCAAUGGA